AUGGCUCGGAAGAACAAAAAAGCUGCCGGCGGAGGAGCCGAUGCCACGUCUUCGAAGAGAGAUACCCAUACCCUUGCGUCCUUUGACGAGCAAGCUCUGUCUGCUUUGACGGAGAAAAUCGAGAAGGAAUUUGGGAAGACCAAGGCCAUGACCACGUCGAAGAAGGUGCAGCAUAAUACUCCGAAUCUUCACCGGGAGGACGAGGAGCCAGGCCAGAAUUCGAAGGCGGAAGGGAAGGACAGGGGUCCGAAAGGAAAAGGAAAAGAGAAAGGAAAGGCGCCAGAGCUUUCCCGAGGAACGAAGAGGGAUGCGCACGGAAAUGCAAAGGUUGGAGGCAAAGCAGCAGCAGCCAAGAGCCAGAAGGGAAAGCAGUCAGCAAAGGAACAGAACGGCGACGGCAAGGACGCCAGAGCUGUGCUGUUGGAAGAAAUACUUGCCCUGGGUGGUACUGAAGAGGACUUGGAUUUGGUGGGCGAUGCCGCGUCUGAUGACGAGGAGGAUGGUGUCAGCACUGCGAACCCUCCUGAUACAUCGUUCCAGAAGGACUUUGCCAAGUUUGUAGCUGGGCUUGGGAUAGAAGGGACAGUGGCAGAGGACGAUGCGGAGUCCGAAGCUGAGGAGCUGGCUGAAGACGACGAGUGGGAAGAGGCUCCUGAUUUGGUCGAGGAGGAAUCUGAAGAUGAGGCAGUUGUCGAAGCACCUGUAAAAAAGGCGAAAUUGUCCAUCCCGGAGUCUCAGACAUCAAGUAAUCCCAACCGUCUUAUAUUCGAGGCACGUCCUGACUGGCACGCUGCGCCAUUGCCAGACCUUCCGAGGCCGGAUGUAGACAGCUCCUCACGAUACCAGAGUGCCAUUACGAAUCUCAAGGACUACGCGAAAACGCUCCUGGAAGCCGACACCGAUCUAUACGCCUCGAAACAUCUUUCCUCGUCAUCCUCGCACCGCUUUCUGUCGACGAUCAUGACAUCUGGUACUUUAGCUGAUAAAGUCUCUGCCUUGACGUUGGUUGUACAAGAAUCUCCAGUCCACACGACCAAGUCUUUCGAGAGUCUGUUGGCACUGGCCAAGAAGAAGAGCCGAGGACAGGCUGUCACUGCACUGGGUGCCUUGAAAGAUUUACUUGGUACGGGCGUUGUGCUGCCAGCUAAUAGACGUCUUCGAGCUUUCUCCUCACAGCCGGGCCUCGUGGGCACCCUUCAGGAACACGACGUUUCUCACUGGACAUCCAACGACAAACUUCCAGGCGACAUAACAAAAGCACAUCUAAUCUCCUGGGCGUACGAGGAAUGGUUGAAAGACAUUUACUUCGAAAUGCUCAAGGUGCUGGAAAACUGGUGUGGCGACGAGGUUGUGUUUGCGCGACUUCAAGCUGUGAUGUAUACGUACGAGCUUUUGAAGGAGAAGCCCGAGCAGGAGCAGAACUUGCUCCGACUACUGGUCAACAAAUUGGGUGACCCGGAAAAGAAAAUUGCUUCACGGACUUCGUAUUUACUACUUCAGCUGCAAGUAUCUCACCCAUUAAUGAAGCCAAUAAUUGUUCGCUCGAUAGAGAGCGAGCUUAUUCUGCGCCCAGGACAGAGCUCCCAUGCAAAGUACUAUGCUAUCAAUACGUUGAAUCAGACAAUUCUAAGCAGCAAAGAGGAAGAAGUUGCCAAGAAGCUUUUAAGCAUCUAUUUUGAGCUGUUUGUAGCACUUCUGAAAAAGCCAGAACCGAAGCAGGUGGUUGGGCCUCCGAUCAAUCGAAAGGGUCAAGUGCAAGGAGGAGGUGCUCCCAAGGGACGAAAGGCGGUCGCUAAGGCUAAAAAAGAGGACGAGGCUAAGCUGACGAGCGAUGAGGUGACCGAGAAGAUGAUCUCGGCUGUUUUGGCAGGUGUUAACCGUGCAUUUCCGUUCUCGAAGUCAGACGAUACGACUCUCGAGAAGCACAUGGAUACGCUGUUCAGAAUUACCCAUUCCUCCAAUUUCAACACGAGUAUCCAGGCACUGAUGCUCAUCGAGCAACUUUCCACCUCAAAGCACCUCGCAGUCGACAGAUUCUACCGAACUCUCUACGAAUCCCUCCUCGAUCCGCGUCUAAUCGCCUCCUCUAAACAUACCCUCUACCUCAAUCUUCUCUUCCGCGCCCUACGCGCAGAUCUGAACGUCAAGCGCGUCAAGGCCUUCAUCAAACGUAUGCUCCAAAUCGUCACUCUUCACCAACCCCCCUUCAUAUGCGGUGUCCUCUACCUAAUCCGCGAACUCGAAUCCACCUUCCCCUCCUUGAAAUCCCUGCUCAAUGACCCCGAAGCCGACGACGAAGCCGACGAGGAAGUUUUCCGCGACGUGCCUGAAGACGGCGUUUCUGCCGAUCUGCCGACUCCCAACACGGCUCGAACAGACCUUUACGAUGGCCGCAAGCGAGACCCGGAACACAGCAACGCUGAAAAAAGCUGCUUGUGGGAAAUCGUCCCUUUCUUGCACCACUUUCAUCCCUCCGUCUCUCUGUUUGCCGACCGCUUACUGAAAGACGAGAAAAUGCCGCCUAAGCCGGAUCUUACCUCGCACACACUGUCCAAUUUUCUCGAUCGCUUCGUGUACCGCAAUGCCAAGGCCCUUAGGAAUAAGGACGGCGAAAUCAAGGUCAAAUCUAAAGGCAGUUCCAUCAUGCAGCCGCUCUCUGGUGGCGACAGCAAGGGAAUACUGCUGUCCAGCCGGUCGGCGAAUAACAUUCAGCAGUCUGUCAACACGGAAGCAUUCUGGAAAAAGAAGGUGGAAGACGUGGCCGUGGACGAAGUGUUCUUCCACAAGUACUUUUCUCAGAUUGGGAAGGGCAGGCAAGCUAGUUCCAUUAAGGGGAAGAAAGAGAGGAAGGCCGGUGCUGGCAGUGGCUCAGAUGAGGAAGACGAGGCGGAGGAAGAGAUCUGGCAAGCCCUCGUUGAAUCCCGGCCUGAGGUCGAAGGCAGAGAUAGCGAGGAUGAGGAUAUGGAGAUGCUGGAUCUCAAUGAUUCGGACAUGGCUUCUGGUUCCGACUCUGAAGUCGAUGUUGAGAGCGACGCCGGGGUCGUGCUCGAUGACUCCGAGGAUGAGAUGUCGCUUGAUGGGGACGGGGACGCUGAUUUGGAUGUGGAUGUUGAGGGCGAGGCAAGCGAUGACGGGGAUAUGGACGAGUUGUUUGCGAAGGAAGCGCAAGGUGGGAAGGUACCGGCGGCAGACGGCAAGGAGAAGGCGGAGACGAGCAGACAGCGGAAGAAGAAGUUCAAGAGCCUGCCUACGUUUGCUAGCGCCGAGGACUACGCUGCGAUGCUGGAUAACGAUGAGGGCGAAGAUGAAGGGUUGUGA